CAAGAUACGACCAUCUCAGACCCUCCAUAGUCGCCGGAAAAUGUCUUCACCACUCAAAAGCCUUCACUUCGCCGUCUUUCCUCUACCGGCUCAAGGCCAUAUGGUGCCCAUGAUGGACAUUGCCCGAAUACUAGCCCACCGUGGCGCCACCGUAACCAUACUCACCACUCCAGUUAAUGCCAAACGAUUUAACUCGGUCAUCGAAAGAGCAGUCGAAGCCAAGCUCAAACUCCAAGUAGUUGAACUCCAACUCCGAUUAGCCGAAGUUGGUUUACCAGAAGGAUGCGAGAGUCUUGACAUGCUUUCAUCAACCGACCCCUGGUUCAAGCUCCUUGGAGCCUUUGACAUGUUAGAAGAACCCGCCGAACAAGUGCUCCGACGACUAUCUCCGGUUCCCGAUUGCAUCAUCUCCGACAAUUUCAUCCCGUGGACUUCCGAUGUGGCUCGGAGGCUAAGUAUUCCGAGACUUAUCUUCCAUGGACCAGGUUGCUUCUCGAUUUUGUGCAUGCACAUAGUAACAUCAACUAGCGUGUUAGAUGGGAUUGAAUCAGAUUCAGAACUCUUUGUGUUGCCAGGCUUGCCUGACCCAAUUGAAGUUACGAAACUUCAGGCUUUCGGUCAGUCGAAGCCGAACGCAACCAAACCUCAGGUUUCUGAUAACUCGGAAGCCAAAACAAAAGAGAAGAAGGGGUAUAUAGAACGAGUUCAAGAAGGAGAGAAAGCUGCACAUGGGAUUUUGGUUAACAGCUUUGAAGAGUUGGAACCUGAGUAUGCUCAUGAAUUGGCUAAAGCAAAAGAUAAAAAGAUAUGGUGCAUAGGCCCGGUCUCGUUGUUCAACAAAAGCGAUCUGGAUAUCGCAGAGAGAGGAAACAAGGCAGCGAUCAACGAGCACGAUUGCUUGAAAUGGCUCGAAGGGAGGGAACCAGGGUCCGUGGUAUACGUUUGCUUGGGAACUCUUACACAUACUUCUUUAGAACAAAUAAUUGAGCUGGGGUUGGGGUUGGAAAUGACCGAUCUUCCAUUCAUAUGGUGCAUAAGAAACAAAACAGAAGAGCUCGAGAGAUGGUUUUCCGAAUCAGGAUUUGAAGAAAGGGUUGGAGACCGGGGGUUGAUAAUCUACGGUUGGGUGCCACAAGUCUUGAUACUGUCACACCGAGCCAUCGGUGGUUUCCUAACUCAUUGUGGAUGGAACUCGACACUAGAAGCAGUCUGUGCCGGUGUACCAAUGGUUACAUGGCCACAUUUCGCUGAUCAAUUCUUUAAUGAAAAAUUCAUCAUACAAGUUUUGAAGGUUGGAGUUAGAAUUGGUGUGGAGAUCCCUGUUGUUAUGGGAGGGGAAGAUACAGCUGAAACAUUGGUGAAGAAGGAAGAGGUGAAGGUUGCCGUUGAGUGCUUAAUGAAUGGAGGAGAUGAAGGAGAAGAAAGAAAGAAAAGGGCUCAGGAGCUUGCGGAAAUGGCGAAAACAGCAAUGAAGGAUGGAGGAUCUUCUAUUCGCAACACGACAUCUAUGAUUCAAGAUAUUACCGAACAAUUGGCCAUAAAUGUAUAGGUUUCUAAAUUGUGCAUGCAUCUUCCAUUCACUCGUAUUUGUUCUACGUUAUGUGUGUGUAUAUAUGGGGCAAGUACGACUUGUCCUAAUUAUGCUAUUUGAGUUAUUCGAGUUAGUACAAAUAUGUGUAUUCUCCA